CGACGGUUGAUGAUGUGAGGACCCGCGCUCGCCGUUUCAGCGACGGUAGAAGGGAGUUAAGAAGGCAUUGAGGUCCUGGUGUGGGAAGUUAGGGUGCCUCCAGACAGAGAUAGAUCUGGCAGUCAGGUCAUAAUUUCAGGAUGCCAGGGCGUUCAACUUCAAGUUCAGGUUCAGCUGGUUUCAUGUCCUUCAGCGGUGUAGAGUCUGCUCUCUCCUCCUUGAAAGGCUUCCAGUCCUGUAUCAGCUCUGGAAUGGACACAGCUUCUAGAGUUGCUUUGGAUCUUGUGGAAACUCAGACUGAAGUGAGUAGUGAAUAUAGUAUGGACAAGGCAAUGGUUGAAUUUGCCAUAAUGGAUCGAGAACUAAACCAUUAUGUAAAGGCUGUUCAAUAUGCAAUAAAUCAUAUAAAAGAAGAACGUCCAGAAAAAAUACCAGAUUUAAAAUUGUUAGUGGAGAAGAAAUUUUCGGCUUUACAGAGUAAGAAUUCUGACGCAGACUUUCAAAAUAAUGAAAAAUUUGUACAAUUUAAACAACAGCUGAAAGACCUAAAGAAGCAAUAUGGUCUUCAAGCAGACAGAGAGGCAGACGGAACAGAAGGAGCGGAUGAAGAUAUGAUUGUGACUCAAAGUCAGACCAACUUCAUAUGCCCCAUUACACAGUUGGAAAUGAAGAAGCCAGUGAAAAAUAAAGUGUGUGGUCACACCUAUGAAGAGGAAGCCAUUGUUCGCAUGAUUGAAUCCAAGCACAAGCGGAAGAAAAAGGCCUGCUGCCCUAAGAUUGGCUGUGGCCACACAGAUGUGAGAAUGUCAGACCUCAUUCAGGAUGAAGCACUUAGGAGGGCGAUUGAGAGCCAUAACAAGAAGAGAAAUCAUCACUCAGAAUAGGAAGAAGCCACCCGUCCUCAGGGAAGCAGCAGCCUACCUCCUACCCCAGCCGUCUGUCGAGAGCGAUGCUGAUCAAAGCAGUUAGGGACUGGCUGCAAAACAUACUUUGUUUGGGGUAAACCUGAGUGUUUUAAGGAUGAUUAACAGCAUUUUUCUAAGUUACACAAAAAUUCAAGCACAUUAUAUUGUUUAUUUUUAAAUGUUGUGUCAUUUUAAAUAAAACUUUGAAUAUCUGCAAUGUGUCUUGCUUGUGCUCCUCUCAAU